GUGUGUGUGUGUGUGUGUGUGUUACUGUGUGUGUUAGGGGUGUGGUCUGUGGGUGCGGUUCAGGUCUUAAAACUCUCAUAUUUCCCUCAGUGUGUCUGUGCUGCUCUCGCUCUCUUAAUCUCUCUUAGGGAUACUCAGAUCUCAGACGAGCAACAUGAAUCUGGAAGACGCUUUAGGUGGUUGGCCGGCUGGAGGCAACAAUCAAUCAGGAGGCAGCGCUGGCUGGCCGGGACAACCCACCAAUCCUGCCUGGCCAGGUCAACCGUCCUCCAACCCCACCUGGCCUGGAGGUCAACCUGGAGGUCAACCUGGAGCUGCCUGGCCCUCCCCACAGCCCACUGCACCUGGAGGAUGGCCCAGCCCAUCACCUGGACCUGGACCUGGACCUGCCAUCCCUGUUGCCCCACAACAGAGUCUGGCGGUUCCGUACAAACAAAGUCUUCCCAGUGGAGUUUAUGACAAACUGCUCAUCACCAUCGCUGGAACCAUCAAACCCAACGCUGACAAGUUCACAGUGGAUCUGGGCACAUCCAAUGACCUGGCCUUCCACUUCAAUCCUCGCUUCAACGAGAGCGGCAAGAAGGUGAUCGUCCGGAACAGCUGCAUCGGCAACAAGUGGGGGAAAGAGGAGAGAGACCUGCAGCACUUCCCCUUCGUCCAGGGACAGCCAUUCGAGAUAAAGAUCCUCUGCUCCCAGAGAGAGUUUAAGGUCGCUGUCAACAAUUCUCACCUGCUGUCGUUUCAACACCGGAUCACCGACCUGAGAGCCAUCAACAAACUCAACAUCUAUUACGACGUCAACCUGUCCAGGGUCCACACGGAGACUCUGCCCUGAGGCAGGUCACCAGAUCCACUACAGAUCUAAUGGGGAUCCACCAGAGAUUUACCAGGGAUCCACUACAGAUCUACUGGGGAUCCACAGGAGAUCUGCCGGAGAUCUACCGCGGAUCCAUCUGAGAUCUACCGGGGAUCCACUGGAGAUCUACUGGGGAUCUUCAGUAGAUGAUUCUUGGUCAGGUUAGCAUAAAAUGUUGUCAGUGGAUCAACUUUAUUAUUAUUCUUUAGACUUACUGUUCUAAAGUUUGACUCGUAUAAAUAAAGGCUUAAAAUCCA